ACCCAAAGACAGUGAAGCUUACACCUCCAUGGCUGCUACUCUGGAUAGUCUACGGGCCUUACUCCAACAUACGCUGGAAGAGCUCAAGGACUUGGCCAAGCGGGGCUGCGCACUCUACGCAAUCAAAAACACAGUGCGAGCCGACUUGAAAUUAAGCAAGUGGACCAAUUAUGAGCCUAUAAUAAUGCGUACAAUCACCAACGGACGGGACAGGACCAAAAAAAGAGAGAUGCCUACAGAUCGAAAUCACCCCCAAUCAGCUCAUCGAGGACAGAUAAUACAACCUCCAAUUUCGUUGGAACCCCCCAUUUUCGAUCCCCAUUAUCAAAAGCGCCAGUGCGGAAAUAAUUCAGAAACGCCUUCAUGUAUGCCAGAACUAUCAUGA